CCCCCCCCCCCCCCCCCCCGAAAAAACAAGUUAUCCUGAGAUGCGAAUCGACUAAACGUCAAAACUGUGCGUCGUUAGUGUUAAUUCGUUCGAGUCCUCGAAUCGCUUCACUCGAGGAAAUUUAAAAGAGUCGUUCAUUAAGAACCGAUUCGCUUGUGAAUCGUUUGUACUUUUUAGCUGUAGCGCCAAAUUAAAUUGAGUUCUCAGGACGAGGAGAAGCAAUGAGCAAAUUCUUUACCUUCUCUCACUGGUUUUAGAGACUUUAAAAGGGUUAUUUAAAAAAUAAAAAUAAAAAAAAGCUUCUGUAUUGUUUGUUGGAAAUAUGUUGUGUUUUUGGGACUGAGAGGCUGAAGUGUGUGGAAAGAGCGGAAAUGGCCACCGGGAGCGGAGAGCGCGUGAAAGCGGGCGCCUACAUCCCCGUGUCCAUCACCGUCAUUCUGCUGCUGGUGAUCUCCACCCUCUUCUUCACCUUCACGUGUCCUUGGCUCGCUGAGAACGUGUCUCUUGCUUUCCCUCCGUGCGUCGGCAUCACGUUCUUAUUUGUCCUGGCGAACUUCACCAUGGCAACGUUCACGGAUGCCGGCGUGCUGCCGAGGGCUAACGAGGAUGAGGACAAGGACGAUGAUCUCCGUGCUCCGCUUUAUAAGGACGUGGAGGUCCGGGGAAUCCAGUUUCGGAUGAAGUGGUGCGCCUCCUGCAACUUUUACAGGCCCCCUCGCUGCUCCCACUGUAGUGUGUGUGACCACUGUGUGGAGGACUUUGACCAUCAUUGCCCCUGGGUGAACAACUGCAUCGGGAGAAGGAACUACCGUUUCUUCUUCCUCUUCCUGCUGUCUCUCAGCAUGCACAUGGUGGCCAUUUUCUCUGGGGGUCUCCUGUAUGUACUGGACCACCUGGAAGCCCUGUGGGAGCCACGUACAACCGUCACCCUGUCCAUCAUGAGCACGUCAGGCCUUUUCUUCAUCCCCGUGAUGGGAUUGGCAUGCUUCCAUACGGUCCUGGUGGCAACAGGACGAACCACAAAUGAACAGGUGACUAGAAAGUUCCAAGGAGGGGCAAAUCCCUUUACGCGUGGCUGCUGCGGCAAUGUGGAGUUUGUUCUGUGUAGUCCUAUUGCUCCAAGAUACACCAGGGAUGUGGGAAACAAGCAGACUGUCCGUAUACAACCACCAUUCCAAACACCAGAGUCCCUGAAAAUGUCCCCCAUAAAAGUUGAAGACAAUGGGUUCCAAACUGAAAUGACUUCUGUAACGCGUCGGUCUUCAGGAGAACGAGAUGUCCCCGAGUGCAAACAGCUGAACACACCACCUCCUCUCGCACCCAAACCCGACCCAGUUCUGCUCAAGAGCCACCUGGGCACGUUGCAAGAGAGCUUCCAAUGCAAAACCGCAGUUCCGUCCGCCCAGAGCACCAUCGGUCCGACUGUCGAGUCGUCUUCCAGAGUGCAUUAUCAAGUUCCCAGGGAGCAGAUGGAGUGUACGAAGGACCCCCAGCUCCACAUUAGUGGGUUUGCCCAGGAUCCUUUUUUUGAAUCUGGAAAGUGGCAAAUGGAGAAGCGGACUCCCAUCUCUACCCACCUGGCAAUGCAGUCCAGCACACUUCCCGUGAACACACUCAUUCUGAACUCCCGCGCGCUCACUUUGAAACAGGCCCACUGCAGACGAAGCCAUCAGUGUCCUGAUUCUGUGGCAUCUUCCUCCACCCAGGGCAUCCUCAGCCUCUCCUGUGACAGCCUCCUCAGCCCAGCACAAUGCGGGAAUUUCAAAGUGAGCUACCUGCCUUCUUUCCUUCCCUUAGAUCUAGGUUUGUCCGUCAGGUGCCCGGCAGAUGCCCAGCACGCACCCUCCCGUACCUGCAGCCCGGGUUUCACUGGCAUGAGCAGGCAGUCUCCUGUGCACUAUGACAGCCUUCCCAAACAUGCCAUGAGCUCUAUCCAGGAACGGCAUGAAUUGGAGGAGCGAGAAAAGCAGCCGUCUUUGCUUCCCGUUCAGGAUAUGUCUGUCUACGAUACGCCCAGUGGGUGCAGCGUGCCAUCCCGGAGGCCCACUCCACCUGCCUAUGGCUCUCGAGAGUUCCUCAUGAGCAGCGCAGCGUACGGCUAUGCCUCCUCGCUUCGACGGGCAUCCAGGACUUCCAGCUCGUCCAUGCAUGCCAACAUGGCCCUCCAGAGUCGUUCACUCUCGCCCUCGGCCUGUAGUUCUCUGGAGCGCCUUGCUCAGCACUCAACCUCGUCUGUUCCCUGCCCGAUGCCCAGCUCCUCCUACACAGCUCAGAAAGCUCUGGCUUUCACUACCUCAGAGAGAAAAGACUCCGGUCCGUAGUACGAGUCCCUGAUUCUCCAGUCUGUGUACAGCAUGUACAGUAUUUAUCAUGUCCCAUUUAUCAUUGUUUGACUUCAUAUGCAAAUAUUCAC